CGCUGUUUGAUGCUAAUGCUCCCCUCCCUCCCUCCCUCCGUCCCUCCAGCGGCGUUCCUCACACAGUCCGUCUGCCUGGACGACACGACGGUGAAGUUUGAGAUCUGGGACACGGCCGGCCAGGAGCGGUACCACAGCCUGGCCCCCAUGUACUACCGGGGGGCGCAGGCGGCCAUCGUGGUCUACGAUAUCACCAACCAGGAAACGUUUGCGCGGGCGAAGACAUGGGUGAAGGAGCUGCAGAGACAAGCCAGCCCCAGCAUCGUCAUCGCCCUGGCCGGCAACAAGGCCGAUCUGGCCAGCAAGCGCAUGGUGGAGUACGAGGAGGCGCAGGCCUACGCAGACGACAACAGCCUGCUGUUCAUGGAGACGUCGGCCAAGACGGCGAUGAACGUCAACGACCUCUUCCUGGCCAUCGCCAAGAAGCUGCCAAAGAGCGAGCCCCAGAGCACGAGCGGCGCGGCGGGGAGGAGCAGAGGCGUGGACCUUCACGAGCAGAGCCAGCAGAACAAGAGCCAGUGCUGUAGCAACUGAAGGGCGGCCGGCGGCAGCGGCCCGCGGGCGAGGAAGAGCGAAGCCGUUAACGUCCCGUCCCCCCCCCCUCCCGGUCCUCCACGCCCCCUCCGUACCGGCACACCGAGACCCGUCGGAAGCAGCCAUCCCCCCCCUCCGCCCCCC